GAAUACAUGUAGGAAUAUAAAAAAUGUUGUGUUUGAAAGUGCACAGCCGUGCUGACCGACAAACUAGAACCCAAGUUAUCAUCUAUGAUUAACUCGCGUGAUCGAGUCGUUGAACGAAAAUUAACAUAUACUUGACUAAAAAUAACACAUCUUCAUUGAAACGAAACGAGCGAUGGUAAAAGCGUUGUGGUCAAGAUUGCUGUCGCUCAGCUACCUCAAUACAAGUUCUUGAAUGGCUAAUAUGGACUGCCAAGAAUUCUCAGAACAGGAAGAUAUGAAAACGGCUUUAAUGCAGUGUGAGAGAUCUUCGAGCCUAUAUUCUCAAUCAUCCUUAAAACAAGAACAUGAUUCCUUAGCAACAACAAACAUUGCUGGCCACUAUAAAGACAAAGAAGACUAUAACAUAGAGUUGAGCUUUGUUGAGGAGGGGAAUUGCUCCAUUAAAUAUCAUGAUAAUAUACAAGAUAUUUUGACAGAAUGUGAAGAACUGAAAAGAAACAAAAUGAAAAAUUGUAAAGACGAAGAGUUUCGUGAGAUUUUGUCAUCGUUUACACCAUUGCAUAUAGCUGCUUUCACUUCUGAUGCAGAAACUAUCAGACUAAUGAUAAAGCAGAGCGGAAUUGAUAUAAACGCUGAAGCGUUAGGUCCCCGUUCUCCACUAUUAUUAGCUUGCGCGACGGGAAACCGUGAAGCUGCGAGAGUUUUAAUAGAAGAGGGAGCUGACGUGAACUUGGCUAGAAGUGACGGUAUUACGCCACUUAUGCUAUCAGUACUAAUCAAUGCUAAAACCACUGCUCAGGUUCUAUUGGAUAAUGAAGCAAAUACCUCAGCUGUUGCCGUAAGAGGAAAGACAGCACUUCAUUUUGCAGCAGCAAAUGGGUUUAAAAGUAUAGUGAAGCUUCUUCUGAACAACGGUGCUAAGUGUAAUGCCGUACUUCAAGAAGGCUGCUCAAGCCUUCAUUUAGCUUGCAUGUUUGGCCACACAAAAACUGCGAUGUUAUUGUUGAAGCAUGGUGCUGAAGUCGAUCUACAAGAUAACCAAGGAUACACUUCUCUUCACUAUGCAACACACAGUGAAAACAGUGAUGUUGCUGUCAAGUUAUUAGAGUUUGGAGCACAAGAAAAUGCUGCAGAUAAUUUGAAUUUCACUCCUUUGCAUCUAGCAGCACAGAAUGAUCAUGUAGACGUUUGCGACGUUUUACUUGAGCGCCAAGCUGAUGCAAAUGCAAUAUCACGUGAUAGAGUAACGGCAUUAAUGCUAGCGGCCUUCCAUGGUAAUUUAGAAACUGUGAAGUUCCUGUGUGGCAAGGGAAGCAAUCUCCAAAUUCGACACAAAUCUGGCAGAACUGCUCUGCAUUUUGCGGCCCAAGAAGGUCACUACGCAGUCGCGAAAGUCUUGCUUGAUUCGGGAAGCUAUUUACAUUCAUGUGAUUUACAUGGAUAUGCACCAUUACACAAAGCUGCACAAAAUGGCCAUAGAAAAGUAUGUCGUUUGCUGUUAGACAGAGGAGCAAACAUUGAUUUAACCAAUGAUAAAGAUACAAGUGCUUUGAUUGUCGCUACCAAUAAUGGCCACUACAAAACUGUUAAACUGCUUCUUGACCGUGGUGCAAAUACGCAAAUUUGUCAGAAUUCAGGAACAUCCUCUCUUCAUUUUGCAGCAGAAAGAGGUCAUGAAGCCAUUGCCAAACUACUUCUGGUAAAAGGAGCAAAGGUCAAUGCAUGUGAUAAAUGGGGACUUACUCCACUUCACAGGGCUGCGAAAAAUGGUCAUCAUGGCAUCGUCAAACUACUGGUAAGUUACCAGGGGAACGCAAACUUGACGGACAAUUGGGAUUAUACACCACUUCACCGCGCAUCAGAGAAUGGUCAUAGCUCCACAGCCAAACUGUUAAUUCAACUAGGCAGUGAUAUUCAUGCUAAAGACAAAUGGAACUUCACUCCUCUUCACCGCGCAGCAAGCAAUGGUAACACAGAAGUGCUUAACAUUUUGCUUACUGCGAAUGCCAAUGUAGGUGAUCGAGACGCAAUGGGUUAUACUGCACUACACAGAGCAAGUGAAAGCGGUUUUUCUGCCACUGUAAGCAGUUUGCUGACAGCAGGGUGUGACGUGAAUAGCUUGGACAAUCAAGGAUUAAGUCCAAUGCAUCGUGCAGCGCUCAACGGUCACGAUAGCGUCGUUACUUUACUCCUUGCAUCAGGCAGUGAUAUUAACAGUGGUGUUUAUGCUCAGAACACAUCAGCUUUAUUUUCUUACAAAAGAAAUGGUAAACGUCUCGAACUUGACUCCCUCCCAGAUUGCAACCAAGGCCCGAGUGCACUCCAUUUGGCAUCACAGAACGGUUACUACAAAACAGUUUCGCUCUUGCUUGAAAAUGGAGCGAAUUCAAACGCGACAGAUUUUUGGAAGUCAACUGCUCUACAUAAAGCAGCAGAGGAUGGUCAGGUUAAGUCAGCAGAGGCUUUAAUCAAGUAUGGUAGUGAUGUUAAUCUACAGGAUAAGUGGGGGUAUACCGCUGCACACAGGUCAGCUGAAAAUGGUCAUGUUCAAAUAAUGCAGCUACUUCUCAAACAUGGCGUAGACUUAAAACUCGUCGACCAGUGGAAAUGUACCCCGCUCAUGCGUGCAGCCCAAUAUGGGCACUACGAUUGUGCAAAGCUUAUCAUCGAAAGUGGAACGAAUCUCGACGAAACUGACCGAUGGGGGUUUUCUUCAUAUUUGAGAGCGUGUCAAAAUGGCCAUACCAAGAUAGCUAGUCUUUUGCUCGAAUCUGGGGCCAAUCCCAAUCAAACAACUCAAGAGAAAACUACUUCAUUAAUGCUUGCUGCAUAUGGAGGCUUUCGCGAUACUGUGGAAAUGUUGCUUAAAAGAAAACAUAACCCUAACGCCACCAUGGAUAAGAGUCUCACAGCACUACAUUUUGCAAGUCAGAAAGGUCAUGAAGACGUCAUCCGGCUCUUGGUGACCCAUGGAGCAGACAUUGAUGCAGCGGACAAGUUUGGGUACACACCACUUCACAAAGCAGCCUUUCACGGUCAUGAAAGUUGUGUGAGGGUCCUUCUUCAUAUGGGUGCCAAACAUGACACAGAAGAUAAACAAGGAUUCACCCCCUUAUUAAGGGCCUCGCAAAAUCACCACAAAGACGUAGAAAAGACCAUCAUUGAACAUGAAACAAGGAAAACAAGAAAGGUGUGUUUUUGUGGUAAUGUAACCUCUAAUAACAUGGAAACUGUAUGUAAAGACUGUAAGAUGAUGGGUAUGUAUACAGUAGCACUUCCACUUAAAGACGGCGGUAUUGACCUUCAUAAAGUGCAUAUGGUUUGAAAAACUGAAAACCUAGCUGUAAUUGACGCUGAUAUAUAGUAGUAGACGUUUUGAUAUAAUAUGAUUAUGUUAUCAGUGAAAAUAAUGAUUAAAUUCGGAAUUAAACUAAAAAAUAUAUAGGAUACUGGAAUAGCACUGCUUAUGGCAUCUUUAUGAUAACGAUCUGUAAAUUAUAUUCAGGAGACAGGUAGCUGAUGGGAAAAACUCGUAAAUAACUUUAUAGCUGUCAUGAUGUCUAGGUACUAUACUCAUAAAUUACAUCAUAAUAAUAUAAUCAUAAUUAAAUUCACCGUGUUGAUCUCAUUUACCAUUGCGAAAGGUCAGAUCUAUUUAACAUACAAUUUCCAAAAGUCACCGACGCUCAGAUAAUUGCAGUCAUUCUUGUCUUCGUCACAACAUAGCCUUCCUGGAAUAAAGUUGAUAAAGUA